GUCGUUUGAUUCUUUGAAUCCACUAUCCUUGGAGUAGAACUGCUUGCCUUCAUGGGUUACGCACUUUAUAAUCCUCAGGUUGCCUCUAUUCUUCUCUGCGAAAGUGUUGCUAUUACAUACACACACGCAUUGAUACAUAUACACACGUAAUAAUUGUGUAUAUACAAAUUCAAUCGUGUGUGUAUCUUUUGCUUUUAAUCAAAUUCUUGCUUUUUCUUGAUCCUCCUUUUCCGUGGCGUUUAACUAAGAAUCGGUUUGGUUUGGAGACCCAAAUUGAAAAGAUUGAGAGGGGUGUCUUAAAGAUUCAAUUUUGAGCUCGAAUUGUAUUGGGUUUCAACAAAUUGGUUGCCGGGUCGGGUCGGGUCGGGUAAGAUGGUGAGUGUUGUGGGGGUGGCGCAUUCGAGUUCGAGAAUUGAAGACCCAAAGGGUGAUUAUGUGAAUCUGAGGGAAGCUCAGGCUCAAAAUGCUGAUGAUGAUGAUGCAAAUAAUUGUUGUGAUGAUGGUGUUGGGGAUACUGGUUUGGUGAUUACAAGGAGCAGAUGCUGGUUAGUUUGGUGGUGGGCUAGGCUCAUUAUUUUGUUGGUUUUUGCAGGGCUUCUUAUUGCUGUUUCCUUUAAGUGGGUUGUCCCUUUUCUCAUGAACAAGGAAAUCAUCCCUUUGUUAAACUGGGAAAGAAAAACAUUUAGCAAACCAGUGCUAGCAGCUAUAAUCUUUGCAUCUGUAGCUGUAUUCCCUGUAAUACUUAUACCAUCUACUCCCUCCAUGUGGGUGGCAGGGAUGACUUUUGGUUACAGCUUAGGAUUUCUGAUAAUAAUUACUGCAGUGCCUAUUGGCGUAUCCCUACCCUAUUUCAUUGGCACUCUUUUCCACCGUCGAAUGGAAGACUGGUUAGGAAGAGACCCAAAGAAAGCUUCAGUCAUUAGGUUAGCUGGGGAAGGAAAUUGGUAUCAUCAAUUUAAAGCUGUCACAUUAAUCAGGAUAUCUCCAUUUCCAUAUAUAAUCUUUAAUUACUGUGCUGUGGCAACAAACGUGAAGUAUGUUCCAUACUUGUUGGGGACAUUGGUUGGAAUGGUACCAGAAAUCUUUGUUGCAAUAUAUACUGGCAUUAUGAUAAAAACGUUGGCUGAUGCUUCAAAUGAUAACCACGCCCUUAGUGCAACCCAGAUCAUCUUCAAUGUUCUUGGUUUUGCUUUAUCCAUUACAACCACGGUGAUAGUUACAAUGUAUGCGAAAAGGCGGCUUAAGGGAAUGCAAAAGGAAGAAGAGCUACUGGUGUAGCCUUGUGUGUCUAGGUCAAGGCGGGCAAGGCAAACUAUUGGAAGGGCCAAGUUAAAUUUGCAUACAAUAAAUAAGAGUACGGGGGCUUUUUAAUAAUCAGUUCUUUAAGGGCAUGUAAUUAGAGGGAAGGAGCUUAGUGAUCGGUAGACGAGAAAAUAUUUAUAUCAGGCGGGCUUUUAGUUAUCUGUUGAUAAUCAAAAAGUAGAUGAAAGGAUGGGGAGGCCAUCAAGAAGAAAAGCUAACAUGGUCAAGUCCAUCUAUUGAAGUCUUGAGCCAGUAUGUUGAUCUCUUAAACUUGAAAGUGGCAACAAGUUGUAGUUUUGUUGUAUAGUUUCUUCUACCCUUUGUCGUCAGGAGUCGAGCCCUUUUAUUUUCCACAGUAAUUUCAUUUGUAUAUAACUUUUGAGUGUGACUAACACGAUAGAAGGCCCAACAGAUCUAUCCAUCAAGUGAAGAAGUUGUGUUCCUGUAGAGCUUAGUUACCCUCGUGAACUUAUCCACAGAUUAUAUAAAAUACAUAUUGGUUAUACA